UGUUCGAAUGUAAUGUCUAUGAGAGCUAAUGCGAUCAUACGAAGAUAUCGAACGCGAACACUUGAAGGUGGCUUGGUGCUGAAACCGGUACAUUUCAAAAAUGGCAAUACACGUCUCAGGGUCUUUCCAAAAUAUGUUGAUGAAUCUGAUGCGCUACCAAUUCCAAUGGAACGUCCUCGUGAGAAACAUCCGUCUGGUGAUGACGUCUCUAUCAAAAGUCAAACUUUGCCUAUCACUCCGCCAGCCAAUGGAGGGGGUGCAGGACUAUAUGCUGUUAAGCGCAGUUUUAGUGAGGUAAUUUAA